CAUCCCUUUUUUCCCCUAAAUUUGUGUGUACGCCAAGUUUUAGUGUGAAAACUGUACACUCUAUUAUACAUGAGGCCCUGGAGUUUUUAUGAUGAUUUCUUCAGGGUGAGAAAAAAGGCUUUUACUGAAACAUGGUGGGAUGAAUCUCUGGCGCCCCCUGUGGUGCAGGAGGUCAUUAGACAUAAAAACCUUUUCAAUCUGAAGGCAGAAGCUUAAAUUGCUGCUGUGAGAUUGGAGAGCUGAGUCUGCCCUCUGCUGAUUGGCUGUCCAGACAUCUGCCCUCUGCUGAUUGGCUGUCCAGACAUCUGCCCUCUGCUGAUUGGCCGUCCAGACGUCAGACAUGAGCAAAGCAAUGGACGGCUCUACUGUCUCUGAGGAGGACGGUUUUCAGAGAGACGAGGCGGUUCCCUCCAGAAGCUCCUCCAAGAUCUCAGACGGUGGAGAAAUCAUUGAAGGGAAGCGGACCAAAAAGACAGUGGACCGGCUGGAUUUCCAGGCUCCGAAGGCCAGGGAGAAGCUGAAAGUGGCAGAUGGCAGUGGAGACAAGCUGGGCGACAUUCCUCGGACCAACUACGAGAUCACCAGGAGGAAGGCGGAGGAGCUGAAGCUGCUGCACGCCAUCCUGUUCGACCGACCCGGGAAGUCGGCCUCGGUCAAGAAGAAUCUGCGGCUGUUCAACGGCUUCCCGUUCGCCGCAGACAGCCAGGAGUUCACCAGGAAGAGAGACAAGAUGCUCAGGAACUCUAACCUGACCAACACCAAGCUGAAGCUGGUCUGCUCCAUUCUGGACCUGGAGAAGAAAGGAACCCACCAGGAUCUGAUCGAUCGGAUCCUCGUCUUCCUGAUCGCCCCAAAGAACAGCGGAAAGCGUGCACCAGUGAAGAAGAAGCGGAGGACCAAGAAGAAGCUGGCCAGCGGCGACUCGGUUGCCAAGAAGAAGAAGAGCAAACCCAGAGCCAGUGGCACCAAGAAGUCCAAACCCGGCAGCAAAUCCAAAGCCAUCGUCAUGGACUCCAGUAGCGACGAAGAUGAUGACGAGAAGGUGGAAGCGUCGGUGGAGGCCGGAGGUUCGGAUGGAGAGGAGAAACGGUCAGAACAGGAGGAGGAAGAGGAAGAGCAGACUGACCAAUCAGAGUCUGAUGAGUCCUCCAAGCCCAAGUCCAGCAGAGUGAAGAAGAAGAAGCAGCAGAUACCAGCGAAGAAGAGACCUAGGAGCCAGAGCUCUGACGGAACCAGCGAGGCAGAGGAGAAGCCAAAGAAGAAGAAAGUAGCCGCCGCCAAAACCAAGAAGGCCGACAGCAGCAGCAGCAGCAAGAACACAAAUGCAGCCGAGGACAGCUCCGACGAAGAUGAGCCGCUCAUCAGGAUGGUGAAGAAGGCUCCGACAGACGAGCAGCUGAGGAAGACGGUGGAGAGUCUGCUGAAGGAGGCCGACCUGGAGGAGAUGACCAUGAAGCAGAUCUGCCUGAAGGUGUUCGACACGUAUCCAGAACACGACCUGAGCAGCAGGAAGGACUUCAUCAAGCAGACGGUCAAGACCCUCAUCACAUGAAGACGCCCAGGUGUCCAUGGCAACAGGCUCCACCCUUGUUUUUAUGUUAUUAUGGGAUGUGGUCAGCAGGUUUUUACGUUGGUUCAGUUUGUAAUGAAGUCGAUCUGUUGCUGAGGCACAGCGCCCCCUGCAGGACGGCUCCUCCGCAUCAACAUGUUCAAUAAAUUUGUACAUUUUUCAACAAA